AUGAACGGCGACACUUACUCUUCGUCAAGAGGAGAACCUGGACGCUCGAGGGACCACUAUCGCGAUGAACGACGCGAACGCGGAGAAAGAGGAGACAGAGGAGAACGAGGCGAAAGGCCAGAGAGAGGAGAACGGAGACGGUCGAGAUCACCCCAUUACAGCUCUCGAGGCCCCCGGCGCGAAUACGAAGCAGACUCCUACUCGUCGAGUCGCGAUUAUCGCGCCAGAGAACGUGAAGACCGCUACUCGAGCCGGAGAGAAGACCGCGAAUGGGAUCGGGACCGUGGCGACCGCCGGCGCAGAGACCUCGAUGAUAGAUCGUCUCGACGCGAAAGGGACAGAGACCUCUUCGAAGAGAGGCCCCGGAGAGAACGCGGGGAUCGGGAGCCCGCGCGCGAGCCCGCGCGCGAGCGCGAUAGGAAAGAGCGCAAGAGGACUGCGACUCCUCCCCGGAAGAGGGAGCCUACACCUGACUUGACCGAUGUGCAGUCCGUUCUGACUCGGAAACGUCGUUUGACGCAAUGGGAUAUCAAGCCUCCUGGCUACGAGAAUGUCACGGCCGAACAGGCUAAGCUGUCCGGCAUGUUCCCCCUUCCAGGAGCCCCUCGCCAGCAGCCGAUGGACCCCAGCCGUCUCCAGGCUUUUAUGAACCAGCCUGGUGGUGGAUCGGCGGACAACGCUGCUCUCAAGCCUUCCAACUCGCGACAGGCGAAGCGCCUGUUUGUGUACAACUUGCCCCCGGGAGUCUCGAAUGAGCAUCUCGUCUCAUUCUUCAACCUGCAGCUCAAUGGUCUCAAUGUCAUUCAUAAUGUGGACCCUUGCAUUUCCGCUCAAAUAUCCGAAGAUCACACUUUUGCUCUGUUGGAAUUUAAGUCUCCCAACGAUACUACGGUUGCACUUGCCUUUGACGGCAUUACCAUGGAGGAACAUGAAGCUAUGGGAGCUGGUGCUGAGAACGGGGCAUCUAAGGGACUUGAAGUGCGACGACCUAAGGACUACGUCGUUCCCAACGGCAGUGCCGAUCAAGAAUACCAGGAGGGUGUGCUGCUGAACGAGGUCCCCGAUUCGCCCAACAAGAUCUGCGUGUCCAAUAUUCCCCAGUACAUCCCGGAGGAGCCCGUCACAAUGCUGCUGAAGUCGUUCGGAGAACUCAAGUCGUUUGUCCUUGUCAAGGACAGCUCCACGGAAGAAUCGAGGGGUAUUGCAUUCUGCGAGUAUGCCGAUCCGUCUGCGACGCCCAUCGCUGUGGAGGGACUCAACGGAAUGGAAUUGGGUGAUCGACAUCUCAAGGUUGUGCGCGCCAGUAUUGGAAUGACGCAGGCCGUUGGCUUGGAUAUGGGAGUCAAUGCGAUGUCUAUGUUUGCCAAGACCACCUCACAGGAUCUAGAGAGCGGUCGCGUGCUGCAAUUGCUAAACAUGGUGACUCCUGAGGAGUUGAUGGACAAUGAUGAUUACGAAGAAAUCUGCGAUGACGUGCGCGAGGAGUGCUCCAAGUAUGGCAAGGUUCUGGACCUGAAGGUGCCGCGUCCCUCUGGUGGCAGCAGACAGUCCCCCGGAGUUGGCAAGAUUUUCGUCAAAUUCGACACUGUGGAAUCGGCGACCAAUGCGCUGAAGGCGCUUGCGGGUAGAAAAUUCUCUGAUCGAACAGUGGUCACGACGUAUUUCGCAGAGGUGUGUAUACUUCUCUAUUUUGUCUGGAGUAGUUUUUCUGACCGUGCUUUGCAGGAAAACUUUGAUGUCAGCGCGUGGUAA